AUGGAGAACCUUGACAAGCUAUCUGCCACAGGCCUGCCCGUCUUCGACCUGAACGAGGAGAACCUGUCCCGCAAAGACUGGUCCAAAUCCUCAAUUGGCCCGCGCGAGUCGUGGCCAACUUCGCUCAAAUGCCUCGUCAACACAUGCGUGCUGCCCAUGCCCCACUGCUCGGCCGUUUUCUGGGGUAAAGACUUGACAGUUAUACACAAUCUCGCUUGGGAAACCGCGCGGGGUGGCCUCGAUGGCCAGGCAUCCAAUGCGCACGACAGCUACGAACAUGAGGCGUUGGCGACGCUGAAAACAGUGCUCAGAGGGCGGACGGUCAAGGUAGCCGCCAGGUAUUUUCUGGCCUCUCUAGCAGAAGACCGAGAGCAGCACCUCGUCCUCAGCACUAUACUUGACGAAGAUGGAACUCGUCAAGGUGUCCUGGCUCAACUGCUCGACAGCCAAAGAACCGACCGCUACAUGCCUAUUGAAGGUUUGGACGAGCUUGCGCGGCAAAAUCAAGGGCAUCAGCUAAAGAAGGCCAAGUCGCAGCAGGAAGGCAAGGGCCCCGAAAAGAAGCACCAUGACUCGAAGCAGGCCGACUCAAUGCAGACAAAUAUGUUCCAGCGAUUUGCUGAACUAUUGCCCAACGGCCUGGCAAUUCUCGACAAGGAUGCUGAGGCCGUGUUCGUCAACGACGGCUUCUUCAGGCUCACCACCAACAAGGGAAGUAACGAAUUCCGUUCUUGGCCAGAUAGCAUACAUCCGGACGACUAUGAGGACGUCAUGACAGCCUAUCGCAAUGCAUUUGAGAGCCGCACAGAGUUGCAGAUAGAGUUUAGGUGUGACGUUGCCGAGCCCGUCCACGCGGAGGGUGAGCAAUGGAGAAUGUUUUUGCUGAAGCCCUUGAGCGAUGAGUCUGAUGCUGGUUACAUCAGCGCCAUCAUCGACAUUACCGAUAUCAAACAGGCCCAGCUAACCCAAGAGAAAGCUGCCAACGAGGCAAGGGAGCGUAAGGAACAGCAAGAAAGGUUCAUAGACAUGGUUUCGCACGAGAUCCGUAAUCCACUCUCUGCCGUCCUCCAUCUCGCUGAAGAGGUCAAGGAGGUGACGAAGGAGAUUGGCGCUGGCCGCGAUGAAAUCCGCGAUCAAAUAGCCGAUAUUUUAGAUGCUGCUGACACUAUCCUACUAUGCGUCUCACACCAAAACACACUAGUAGAUGAUAUCUUGUCAUUCUCCAAGUUAGAUUCUAUGAUGCUAUCUUUGGUUCCUCGCGAAACAAAGCCCAAGUGGGAAUUCUCUCAAGCGCUCCGCGUUUUCCAUUCCGAGUUCAAAGCCAAGAAUAUCGAUUUCCAUUACGCCAUGGACGUUUCGUUUGAGGAGCAGCAAGUCGACACUGUUGUCGCUGAUCUCAACCGCAUGAAGCAAGUUCUGGUAAAUCUGAUCACUAAUGCUAUAAAGUUCACCUCGAGGAAGAAGGGUAAAAGAAAUAUAACUGUGUCCAUGGGCGCAUCGGUAACACGACCCACGUCAUAUCCUCCCAACGUCGUUUACUUUAGCGAGCAGAAAGAAGCAUUCCAUCUGGACUCGACCAUGACAUCAGAAUGGGGCUCUGGAGAUGCCAUGUACUUAAUGGUUGCCGUCAAGGAUACUGGCAUAGGCAUUAGCAGAGAAGGCCAAGCCAAGUUGUUCGAGCGCUUCAGGCAAGCAACACCUAAAACGCAAGAAAACUACGGAGGCUCUGGUCUUGGAUUGUUCAUAUCGCGCAAGUGCGUGAGCUCAAAAGAAGGAGAAGGGUCGACAUUUGGAUUCUUCUUCAAAGUGCGUCGUUCAGUCGGGGGAAGUGAUCUGGGACGACCGCCUAUCCAAUCCCGAAGCAACUCAGAAAAAUCCGAGAGCGCUGGCUUGAAGCCAACUCGUCCCAGCUAUAGCCGAAGUAACUCGACUCUCCAGCGUAUCAACGAGCAAAAGAAUGAGCGUCCAGAUGCGAAAACAUUGUCUAGCCAUUCCGGAGUAGACGCAGAGGAGAUGAACCCCUCGCUCAAAGAUCCGCCUGUGGAAGAGAGAUCAGAGGCCCAUCCGGAAUCGAGCGCAGAUCGGCGUUACGAAGAAACUGCAUCGGCUGUCAAGGACAUCUCGACAGAAAAGCCACACAUUGAAAGGGCACUGCCAGAUCUCCGCAGAGGAGAGACAUCUAGACAAGAAGAGGGCGCCCACGAGAUAUCGCGGUCACAGAGCGAUCCACGCACUGAGGAAAACCAUACUCUCCUUCUUGUUGAGGACAACUUGAUCAACCAGAAAGUCCUUCGUCGUCAACUCCAGUCCCGGGGCUUCCAAGUCUUCACCGCAAACAACGGUCAAGAAGCCAUUGAUGCCGUUGCCGAGCGUGGACAUCAGGCACAGAAUGGUCCAGAUGACAGAAACUACUUUGAUGUUAUUCUUAUGGAUCAGGAAAUGCCCAUCAAAGAUGGCAACGCCGCAACCCAGGAAAUCAGGCAGCUGCAAGAGGAAGGCAAGGCGGGAUACAGUCAUAUCUUAGGCGUGUCGGCGAACGUGAGAGAAGCACAAACACAGAGCAUGCGCGACGCUGGUAUGGAUGACGUGAUCUCAAAGCCAUUCAAGGUGGACGAUUUGGUGCGCAAGGUGCGAUCACUUGUACUUGACGGCGGGGGCAGUGCAAAGCAUGACAACAGACCAAAUGGCCAGUCAAGUCCACCCGAAAGCGGUAAAGAAAAGGGAGAUGAUGAAGUAAAAAACAUUGUCAAACCCCCAGACGCAGAGAGGCAAAAUCAAGAUACAGAUGUCGAAAGCGAGCGUGAGACGACAAACCGGGGUGGCUCGCGGACUCGAUCACGAGCCGAUGUUAAGAAGGGAGGAAAAACAGACGAUCAGAAGUCUUGA